UUAUAAAUGUGUAGUCAAGGACGAAAAAUGUACGCUUGCGUGUCUGCCUGCCUAUUGCGUAGGCCUCCUGGUGCAUUUGGUUUUUGAUUUCGGUUUUAUGUACUUUUUUUUUUGGUCAAUUUUCGUAUUUUUUUUUUAAAUUUGUCGUUAUGAUAUAAGUUUUGUGUUCAAGGAUAGUGAUAUUGUGAUAGUAUCUAGAUACAUAGGUUCGACCUGUGAUUGUAGGUCAGACUGAUUAAUUUGUAGAUAUGCGCGAAUUGCCUCCGCUAAUAUCAUGGCUAUCGCCAGGUAAUCUCGCUAAUUAUCUAAGUUGCCAUGGUCAAGGUUAUUAUACAGCUCUGAUAUUAUUUUUAAUAAGCUUCACUCCAAUCUCAACCUAUUCAAAUUGCGCAACUAAUAGCGAAACAAAAAAUAACGUUAUUAUCACGAGCUUACUGAAUUUACACGAUGAAACAACGAAAUGUGCCAGAGUUAGCUUACGAGCUUUACAGCAAAGAGCCAUCAUCGAAAAAACAGUCGCUGAAAUCAACUCCAAUCUGAUGUUCAGCGAAGCUAUGCGUUUAUCUGCCAACAUCGUGGAUUCCUGCUCGUCUAAUGAUCAAGGCUUAAACGCAGCUUUGAGAAGUUUACUCACGAUGAACCAAACGUGUACCAAUGCUCCAUUAUUAUUAGGAUUCAUCGGUCCUGAAAAUUUAAACCAACUCAUGACCCUUCAACAAAUCACGUCGAGCUUGCAGAAAUUCCAUUUAUUGCCAUUUAUACCGAAUUUAAUGGAUAACAACGACAACGAUGGCAACGAUCACUUCGUUUCGGAGCCUUCUGUUUUAUACAUUGGAAAUUCUCGAACAGCCAUUCGAAGUAAAAUCAUAUUGGCGGUUUUGAAUCAAAUGAAAUGGAAAUCUGUAUACGCGGUGAUCGGUGAAGAUAGCGGGGGUACUAUCGCUACCCUGAGGUAUUUAUUACCAGAAGUUGAUCGUUUGUGUAUCACUGGAAUGAGCAAGAUUCCAAAAAUUCUAUCCAAAAUUAACGACCAAGAUCGCAUUUUUUACGACGAUGUGAUUCGAAAUUUUAGAAGCAGCGGAGCAGACGGAUUAUUGAUGCUAGCAGACAGUGUAUCUGACGUGAGACCUUUACUUAAUAUAAUGAGGGAUUCUUCACUGCCCAGGACACCCGAUUCAUCUAAUCCGGCCAUCGUAUUGUACUUGAAUCAGAUCGGUUUGAAAUCGUGGGAGUUGCCGAUAAAUUACAGCAUUUUAACUUUAAUAGAGAGUAGUGAAAUAUUGGAUUUGAACUCACGUGAUUUGUUACAACAGUCGUCGACAUCAUUUCAAAGCAACACCCUGACUAAAAAGUAUUAUGAGCAGAAUGAAGUUGAUUUCAAACUAGACGCUUUCGUAGAUAUUCUAGAUGCCAGCGUGCUAGCUUUACAAUACGCCAUAAAGUUAUAUUGGAACGCUGCAAAGUACGCCAGGAAUAUCAAAUGCAGACUGGGUUUGUUGACUUUGAGCGCAGACGGUGGUAUUUGCCCAGAAAUGUUCAACACGAGCGCCACCGAAUGGAAAUCAUUCUUGUAUAAGGCCACUUAUCACGAUGUCAGCACGAUGAGAAAAGUUUCUUUACGAAUGAGUAUUCCGGUCAAUGUGCGGAUGUAUUUGACCGAUUCUAUCGUAAAUUCGCCUCAACUGAUCGGACGCAUCAACGACAUGGGCAUCACCGAAUUACACGUAAACUUAGCCAACACAUUUAAAAAAGCUAUGGACGCGAAUGGAAAUCCACUCUACCCGAAAAGAUGCCUAUCCCCAACUGUAGUCGGUGGUAGUCGUGUUCCAUUCGAUGUAAGCGUAGUCGACGACAUAUCCGAUCGCGGAUUCGGUCCGGGCAGAGAUUCCAGCCUUUUAGCCAAUAUAAUGGCCUAUGGAAGAAGUCUAUUCCAUUUAGACGAAUCGGUUUUGGAAAAAAUGCCCUAUAUUCACGUGAUAAUAUUAUGCAGCGUGGCCGUCGUUGUAUUCUUGACUUGUUUAACUUUGGUUGUGAAAUGCGUUUAUAGAACUUUCAAAGUAGAAUCGAGCGAAGAACGCGAACAAGCGAGGUCUAGAAGAGAUAACGGUAGAAAUCUUAGCACUAUUAGCUCGUAAACCAUUUCCUACGCAAAUCUUCAUUCUCUUCGCGGUGUCCAAGAAAAGGGUCGAAUAGUUUGCAUUUUAGGUUUAUGUGUACCUAUAGAUAAAAAUGUACAUCUACGUACCUAUUACAUUAUUACAUAAAUAGGUGACAGGUUAUAGUUAGAUAGUUGAAUGUAGAUAUAGAUACUGAAGAAUCGAUAAUGAUGUCGUAUUAUGUACCUAUAUGGAAAAGGCCAGAGUGUGAUCAACGUACGAGUAUUUUCACAUUCUCAAAAGGAGAUCCUGUAUUCCCUAUCCUACCUUUCUGGGUAAAUUUUCAUUAGACUAUACAUAAGUGUGAAAUGAGUCAAAAAUACCAGUUAAAGUUUGUUAAUUUUAUUCGCGAGCAUUAAUCGAUAAACUCGGUGACCUCCAGUUUGGGUUAAAAAUUCAUAAUUCUACACAGUUCAGGCAAACCUGACUGGAACCUCCUACCUUCGAAUGAGUCAGUGCUCUAUACCAUGAUUUCACACCAUCCCUGAAAGUACACAUAUUAUUUACAAUCUACAUAUCCGAAAUUCCGAAUAUUAUUAUAAAUCCUCUGUGAUCAAGUGUGCGUCAUUGGUGAUGGUGUUAGCGCCCGGUUAGGGAUUAUAAGGGCGUGGUAGACAUCUUACCUACAUACUAUACAAGGUAAAAUUAUGUCAAAGUCUGUCGAGAGAAUUGAAUACUUGGAAGAUGAAUUUUCAACUUCCAAAUUCUUCAUUGAGCAGGAAGUAUUUGAAAUUUUUGUGGUGUGAUCGCGAUUGGUUAAAUGUCCGUAUAUUAUUUCUCUUCCUUAUAAUAUUAUUUUGUUUUUUCCAACACGACGUGAUUUUGUUUUUAUAAUAAAAUGAAUAAGUAUACCUACUUACUUAUGUACCUGUAUCCUUUCUAAUUUUUAUUUUUUACUUUUACCAAAUGAUCUUGGGUUUGAGUAACAACUGAUCAAUGAUAUUUGCAAUUUGAUUACAGUAGGUAGUCGUUUUUUUGUGUGUGUCUCUGUGUGUUGCCCUUUCGUCUAGAUUAAGUACGAUACGCAUAAAUGUAGGCGAAUGUGUAAAAAUGACAAUAAACGUUGAAAUUUCUUGUGU